AUGAUUGCAAACAAUUAUAUUCAAUGUGAUGGCACUGUUGGCCACAAUGAUAGACACGGUGUCUGUAUUUUAGAUAAGUUUUGUUGUAAAGGUUUUUCAGUGCGAAACCUGUGUCCCGACGGAGGCAUCUGUUGUUACGGCACUCCUGACUGCGCUUUAGACUCAAGCACUAACGCUAUCAAACAGUCAUACAAUCCCUGUCCACUAAUCAUACCCCGGCAACAAUGGCGUGCACGACAACCAAAUCAAUUGAUUGCAAGUAUACCUCCGGCCGAACACGUGUUUGUUCAUCACACGGACGAUGGAAACACGUGUCAAUCUUUAGAGUCUUGUGGCGUCAGAUUGCGAUCACUGCAAAGCUAUCACCAGUUUAACAAAGACUGGCCCGAUAUUGCCUGGAAUUUCAUUAUAGGUGGCAAUGGACAGGUAUAUGAAGGGGUCGGUUGGAAUCGACAGGGAUUUCAUACACUAAACUGGAAUCAUAAUUCAAUAGGUGUUGCAUUUGUUGGCAAUUUUAAUGAUGAAAAGCCAACGGAAAAAAAACUUCCUGUCCAGGACAACAUUUGUAUGACUAUAUAA